AUGAUAAAAUUAUUCGCAACAGCAUUUCGACCUGUUAUCAUGCAGUAACGUUGUUUUCAAAGAUAAUUUUAAUAUAAUUUUGCGAAGAUCAGCAAGAAGGAUCAGGAAAGGAUGGAUAAAAAGCAAGAGAAAUAAAAUCUUGGACUUUCAAAAACUAUUGAUUUUACUUCCUAUCAAUCCAAGUUUGAUCAAUAUGCUCAGAAAUUUUAAGAAGCUCUAAAGAAAUUGUAAGUAGGUAAACUAACACCAGAAAUGCUGGACAGAGUAUCAAUUUAAGCUUACGGUGAAAAAUUGCCCUUGUCUUCUCUGGCUUAGGCAUCUCAAAAAUCGUAAGGAGUCUUGAUUCUAAAUGUAUUUGAUGAAUCUACAUUGAUGGAUGUAAUGAAGGCUUUAGAAAAUUCAGACCUUAAUUUGUAAGUUAAGAAACAAGACAAACAAAUAGUAUGUCAAUUAGCUUAAGGCAAUACAAAGGAGAGCAGAAUAAUGGCAGUCAAUAAUUUGAAGAAAUUAAUGGAAGAUGCUAAACAAAACCUUAGACAAAUUAGACAUGAAUGCAUAGAUGAUUUAAAACCUUAUAAAAAAGUCACAUCCGAAGAUACUAUGAGACAGGCAGAGAAACAAAUCUAAGAUUUAUUUGAAAAGUAAACACAAUCUUUGGAUUCAUUAUAUAAAUCCAAAGAGAAAGAGUUAUUGAAUAAUUGA